AAUAUUGAACACAUUCAAAAAUAAUAUUACAUUUAUAUACAUAGUUCAAUAUUUAAUAUUCAUUUUUUAUCAAUUCAGUUUUGUUUCAUAGUAUUUUAUCCCCAUUAAAAAAAAUAACAUUAAAAUUCUCAGAAGCCGAUGGCUAAGUUAGGGUAAUAUAUAUGCUUGUUACUUUUAUUUAACUGAAACAGAGUGGAAUUUUGAUGACUUGCUAUUUAGGUUUGUGCUACCCAUAUAAUAAAGUAUUUAUAUCUGCUGAGCAAAUAAUGAAUUAACGAAUGACAUAUGCUAUGGAUAAGAGUGGUUACUAAUUGCUCAAUGCCAAUGUCAAUACUACGAGUAAACAAUUACAAGCCAUAAAUACUUUUGUUUAAUGAGACCUAGGGUAAAAAGGUUGAAGAAGAAAAUUACUCCCUUAGUUCUAAGUGCUCACUCGGUAAUAUCAAUUUUUGUAUACCAACUACUGCUAAGUGUAUCAUUAACUGUUUCAGAUAUGGGUAGAAGAAGUAUAUUUCCAUUAUUAUUCAUAUUUUGCAUGUAUGUUAAGAUAAUUCAAUGUGAUGAAUUAGCAAAAUGCUACACUCAACCAGUAGAAUCUUGUCCAUUACAAAAUAAAUGUAAAUGUGUUAAAACUGGAGAAUUGUCAUUCUGUUGUCAUUUGCAGUCAUAUGAAGAUUUGGUUAAGAACUUAGAGUGUUCAGGUCCUAGAUUACAACCAAUUACAGCACUUCAUAUUUACAACAUGACUACUGAUAAUUUUAACUUUGCAAAAAUGUCACCAGAAUUCAAUAAAUUGAUCUCAUUUUCUAUAACAAAUAGUUAUAUUAGAAGAAUUCUUGGUCGAUUUCCGCAUACAAAUGAAAUUACUUGCCUAAAUAUGUCAAAUAAUGCUUUUGGUUCAGAAUGGCAAGAACCAUUAGCUUUUGAAAAUCUUAAAUAUUUAGCUAGGUUAGAUUUAUCUAAUAUAAAUAUAACUAGGUUGCCUUCUAUAAAAAUUCAAGUACCACAUUUUUGGCUGGAUGUUUCAAAUAACAAAAAGAUGCACUGUGACAGUAUUUUAGAUCUUAUGAAAAGUUGUAUUGGAUUAAAAAACAAACCAUUUUUUAUCAAUCCAAAUGAAACAUUUUGUUUGUCAUCGAUAGGAUUUCAUUGGUUUAACUCUACAGAAAAAUUAGCUUUAAGUCAAGUAGAAAUUAUUAACAAGAUAUUUGAAGAUUGUCCUCAAAAUUGUUCUUGUAAAUCAUAUGGAUAUGAUAUGGUACAGGAUACUAGUACAUUGCACACUGUACAAGUAGAUUGUUCGUAUAAACAACUUUCAAAUCUACCAGAAAACCUCCCAGAAAAUACAGUGCUAUUAAAUGUUACUAAUAAUAAUAUUACCAGUAUAGAGACAUUGAUAUCCGAUCAUACAUAUAAAACACUGAGAUAUUUGUACGCAGACGAAAAUAAGAUAUCUAAUAUUUUAUCACUUGAAGGUUCAACUUUUAUAGAUAACUUUCUUGUAUUGAGCUUAAGACUAAAUCAAUUGAAAUCGAUACCUAUGUAUAUACUACAAAAUUCGUUUAUCAAAGAGUUUGAAGGACAUAUUGUUAAAUUAGGUGGAAAUGAACUUCAAUGUGAUUGUAGUACUGUACAAUCGUUAAAGAUAUGGUUGUUAUCAAAUCGUCUUCAUAUUCCAGAUUAUGAUGAAAUUUUAUGUGAUAAUUUUCAGUACAAAUUAAAAGUAAUAGAUUUGGAUCAAAAAUUGGCUUGUAUUACACAAGCCGACUGGACACAUUACAUGUAUUAUGUCAUUGUUGCUGAAUUGUCAGUACUUUUGCUGUUAAUUGGAAAAGUAUCUUAUGAUUAUUGGGUGUUUAAAACAGCUGGAUAUCUGCCAUGGCCUGCGUCUAAAAUGCCAAAACUCCCAUGUGAUUGGGUAUUUGAAUAAUGCAUUAGUGCUUUAUGCCCUUAAGGAAAAUUAUAAUACCUGUUAGUAAUCUAUAAGAAGACUGUUUAUGUGAGCUAUUAAUUUUUUAUUUAAACGCUACAUAUGUUAACUAUAAGUUACCUUUAUGCAUUAAAUACUGUGCCUUCAUAAACAAUUAAUUUUUAUUAUU